AAGUUAGCUCGCGUGGGAGGAAACAGGCGUGUGGACUCUUCCCGCCAACAAAUUGUCAAAAUUGUCAAAAUCGGGAUAAGUUUGCGCUAAUAAUAUUGGUCGUUCUUGUUUUAGAGAAGAUCUGUUUUAUAAAUAUAAAAUCAAUUGUAAUAUCAACAAAAUAAUCAAAAAUGCCUAAGAAGACAAAGAUAGAAGAAAGUUGGGUUGAAGAGAUAAACAAUCUGUGUUCGAAUUUAAAUGUAGAUUCUGUAGCUGCGAAAAAAGCCAGAGAUUCUUUUAUAGAUAUAAAAAGAAAAUUUACUUUGGAUGGUGAUCCCUUGCAUUGGAUGUCGUGUGCUUUGUAUGUGGCAUGUCGCACGUCAAUAACGCCGACAGUCCAGUCGGGGAAGGCUCUGGAGGGGAACUGUGUCAGUCUAACCAAACUACUGAGACUCUGCAAUAUCAGUCUUAUUCAAUUCUUCACCAAAAUAAAAAAUUGGAUGGAAAUGACAUCCAUGUCAACAGACUUCAAAGAGAGGAUAUCCCGUUUGGAACACAAGUUUGCGGUCUCCUCAGUGUUGUUUAGAAAGUUCCAGCCAAUCUUCCAAGAGAUCUUCACUGGGCUGACUUCCGAGCCUCCCAAACCUGUUUCAAAAAGAAGACCAAAACAACCUUGCUCCACCAACGCACUGUUUGAGUUUACCUGGUGUCUAUAUAUAUGUGUGAAGGGAGAGUUCCACAACUCAGCAAAUGAUCUUGUUGAUAUGUACCACAUAUUACUCUCCUGUUUGGAUUAUGUCUUUGCUAAUGCUUUCAUGGCGCAUAGGACUGACUUAAUUAACCCUGAAUUCAAAGCCUUGCCAAGCGACUGGCUGAAUGCAGACUUCAAAAUGCCAAAGAAACCACCGUGUAUAAUAUCAACUUUGUGUGAAAUCAAAGAUGGACUAUCCAAAGAGGCUACCACAAUGAAAGAAUACAGCUGGAGGCCUGUUAUACAAUCGUUUUUUGAAAAGGGGAUAUUAAAAGGCAAUAAUGAUAAUUACGCCAUACUGGAGAUUGGUUGGUUUGAUGUUAAUCUUAAAUCAUUAAAUAAUACGUACGAAACAUAUGUACUCAGUGUGGGAGAGUUCGACGAAAGAAUAUUUUUAGGAGAUCAUGCCAAUGAACAAAUGAACCCAAAGAACAGGGUUUCUGGAGAUGAAAUAUCUGAAGUUAUUGCUUCAUUCGGCCCUAGCGGGCGCGCGUGCCCCGACACGCCGCUGACGGGGCGGCUGUACCUGGCGCGGCGCGCGGAGGAGCUCACGCCGGUGUCGGAGGCGCGCAACAGCCUGGCGCGCCUCGCCGCCUACCUGCGCCAGGCGCAGCCGCGGCCCUCGCCACACCUGCUCAGGCUCUUCAAGGACAGUGGUGUAAGUGAAGAAACGAUAAACACAAAUGUGAUACAGCCGUGCACCGGUUGGGCGAACCAGUUCGCGAACAGCUUGCGAGAGGCCAAGGGCAGCACCAAGGCGGAGACGAUCACUUUCCGCCGCGACAUGGUCACGUGUCUCUAUUACAAGGUGUUCGAGCAUAUUAUCAAGGAGGAGCAUAGGAAGAAACCGCAAGUGUCAUUGCAGAUGCUGCUCACCCAAGAGACGUACCAACUCACGGUAUACGCGUGCUGUACGGAGAUAGUGCUGCACGCGUACGGAGUGCACUCGUUCAAGUUCCCGCGCGUGCUCAACAUAUACGGACUCAGUGCGUUCCACUUCUACAAGAUUAUCGAGCUGGUCGUGCAGGCCGUGUUUGAUAAGCUCAGCCGCGACGUCAUUAAACACCUUAAUGCUGUUGAAGAAGAGGUCUUGGAGUCCUUAGUUUGGACUUCGGAUAGUCCGCUGUGGGACCAGCUGAGCAGGACUCCAGUCCCUGCCUCGGCCGACGUUUCCGUCCACGACUCGCCCUACAGGAGGAAUAAUAAUGGUCUCCAGUCACCGUCAUCCUUAUCGGAACGCGUUCAUCCGCCGAUGGCCGAGCAAGCUAAGAAACAGCUGUUCAAGGAUCCUAUCAAACCAGGACAAUCACUUUUGGUACAAACAAAUAACACAGCUUUAAGAGAAAUCAGUCCAUCACAAUCACAAAAUACUUCAAACGGAGAAACUACGCCAACAUCGACACCCAAGAAAAAUAAUUCGUUAAUAUUAUUCUUUAGAAAGUUCUACAGUCUAGCGGUGGUGCGUAUGAACGACUUGUGCACGCGGCUAGGGCUCACGGACGAGGAGCUCAAGCGCAAGAUCUGGACCUGCCUCGAGCACUCCAUCAUGCACCAGACGCAGCUGAUGCGCGACCGUCAUCUCGACCAGAUACUCAUGUGCGCCGUGUAUGUUAUAUGCAAGGUAGUGUCAAGCAAUACAAACAAUCAUGUUGAAAGGACAUUUGCUGAUAUCAUGCGCUGUUACCGGCAGCGACCAUUGGCUGAUAAUCAUGUCUACAGGUCUGUUCUGAUCAAACAGAACUCUGGGGAGGGUUCGCCAGAGAGAGGUGAUCUGAUAAACUUUUACAAUAAAGUAUAUGUACAGUGCAUACAGAACUUCGCGCUGCGGUUUACUGGACGGCACAGAGAUGAGUGCAGCCUGUCUCCGUUGCCGGCGGGUCGCGGCGACGCGGCGUGGUCGCCGGCGGGGCAGCGCGUGUCGGAGCGGCACCAGCUGUACGUGAAGCCCCUCACCUCGCCACCGCCCACACACCACCUCAUGUACCGCUUCAGCCGCAGCCCCGCGAAAGACUUGCACGCCAUCAACUCUCUAGUAGCGGCCGAGGGCGGUCUCAAGCGUGCCAUCCACCACGCCAUCCAGCACGCGCCCGAAGACGACAAGCGGUCGCGACCCGCACCCGUCGUCGUGCGCAAGCUCCACGGACUCAUGACCGACCGACAGGCCUUGUAAGGGCUACAAGCUACUCUUCCCUGCCCUACACGAGUCAUCUAAACAAAUUUAUUAAUAGAGGGUUAUAUACAAGACUAUUUUAGAUGAGAGGUUUAGUGAUUAAUGAUUAUAUUAUUAUGGACAGGUAAAGAAAUGUACAGCAAACACCUCAUACCAUCCGCAUACACUCCCAAUUUAAUUUAUCUUGUUUGUUUAAUUAUGCGUUUUCCUAAUGAUUGCCUGUGUGGCAAUGUAUUCAAUUUACCAAACAUACCUUUCAAGCUUUCGUGUUUAGCUCUCUAAAAAUAUUAUGUCGUGGUAGGUGUUUCAGAUUUUAUAAAUUAUAUCGAGUUAUUUAAAGACGGUCUUCCGUUGGCGAUAUUGUGCCAUCGUCUCUGGCGUUUGGCGAUGAUUGACGCUUUAUUUAUUGCAGAUCACACUCUCUGACAAUGAAUAAACACAUUGAUCUCAUUUCUUAUUUAUAUGUAAUGUAAAGCUUCAAAAUGCCAUAACUUAAACUUGCUCAUCGCAUGCAUAAAUAUUAAGUUAUGCAAUAUCAUAGGCUGUGCGAUUCGAGGACUAGUUUAAAAAUGCAUUAAUUGACCUACCAGGAAGGAACCAUUGAAUUUUAUUUAUUAGAAUAUUUUUAAUAAGCCUUGCACCCUACUUGCGUAGGCGUGUUCAAUUUGUAUUAUUUAAAUCUUUAAACAGGUCAGUUGCUUAUUAUUUUAUCUUAUUUUUUUUUAUUUUAUCAAAUGGUGUGGAACUCAUGUGAAGCAAGUUCUCCAAACAUUUUGUUUAUUGAUACUACGUUUUAGUUUCAUCUAUUAUGCCUAGUAUAUUAGUUUGUAUCUAAUCAAAAGAGUAAUCUAAUAAAAUCGAUUUUUACCAUUUAAUCAAAAUUAUUGAUUGUAUAUUUCGGUUAUCCAUGUAUUCGUAAUUUUAGGAUAAUAAAAAAUUGUAUCCA